AUGCGAAACUCCUCGACUCAACCCACCGAUUCGAACGACCCCCAGCUUGUUGCGGUCCAUAGACCACCCAAUAACACUAACUCGCAGUCGAGCGCGCCCCCAGAGGACUCUUCGCGGGCCCCGCAAGCCACCAACCCCCAAGACCAGGCGAGGCCAGCCCAGCGGCAUAGAACGUUGCCGGCCGACCCGAAAGCGCUUCCGUUAGCAUACGAGCACUGCGCCGUGAGCGACAUGGUUGUGCUCAUAGCCCACAUGUUGUCGGAGCUGAUAGAGACCAACGAUGGCCUGGCCCUGCGCUCCGAUUAUCUUAAUCGACUUGCGCACCAUGCGACCUUGUCGCCACCAUUGCUGCUAUCCAUGGUUUACUAUAUUGACCGCCUCUGUGCGCUCUAUCCCGAAUUUACCAUCAAUACCUUGACCGUCCACCGCUUUCUCAUCACUGCAGCCACUGUUGCGGCCAAGGGUCUCUCAGACUCCUUUUGGAACAACGCUACCUACGCAAAGGUUGGCGGGGUCCGCGUUGCUGAGCUUAAGCUUCUCGAGCUCGAGUUUCUCUACCGGGUCGACUGGAGGAUCGUUCCUAACCCGGAUGUACUUGUCGCGUACUACAAAGGCUUGGUCGAGCGCUGCCCUGGCUACGCGCUAGAGUCUUCCACCGUGAACUCGCCCUUAGAGAACAACUGUCCAGACAGUCUUGCUACGGUGGCCGCCAACGGUGAAGCCUCCAACGCCCCUGCGGAAUCUCCCAAGGGCCAAAACGGAGAUAGCUGA